AGAGAGCUCGAGUUUUUUCCACGCGCGAGUCCCUGGCGCGAGAGGAGAAUUCUAUCCUGUGGCGGCUUUUUUCCGUUCCCCGUAGCGCGCCGCGAAUAACGUCGCUUAGCCGGUGGUGAAAGUGGUCGAGAGGAAUAUGAAGAGGAGAAAUGUCGAGUGCGGUAAGCUUCGGAGGCCCUUGAAACGCAACAAGCUCACCGAGGGAAUCUACGGAAGUACUUUGCUUUAUCUGAAGUUUCUUCUACUAUGGGCCAUGGUGAUCUUGGCAGACUUCAUUUUAGAGUUCCGUUUUGAAUUUUUGUGGCCAUUCUGGAUGCUCCUCCGAAGCGUUUACGAUUCCUUUAAAUAUCAAGGCUUGGCCUUCUCUGUGUUCUUUAUUUGUAUUGCACUUACAUCAGACAUGAUUUGUUUUUUCUUCAUCCCCGUGCAUUGGCUAUUCUUUGCUGCUAGCACUUAUGUUUGGGUGCAGUACGUUUGGCACACAGAUAAAGGAGUGUGUCUACCAACUGUGAUGCUGUGGCUACUAUUUCUAUACAUAGAAGCAGCAGUACGGUUGCGUGACUUACGUCAUAUGCCAUUUCAUCUAGACCUCUGCCGGCCAUUUGCAGCACAUUGCAUUGGCUAUCCUGUAGUUACAUUGGGCUUUGGUUUUAAGAGCUAUGUAGGCUACAGAAUGAGGCAGAGAAAACAGAAAGAUGUGGCAAAGGAAAAUGAAUUCUACUUGCAAUUACUGCAACAAGCACUGCCUCUAGAGCAACAAGCUAUGUCAAUGCAGCAAAUACAACCGCAAGUACAGUCACAAGCACACGCCGUUACAUCAAUAGAACAUGUUAAAACUCAAACACACAAAUUGAGUCCACAGUAUAAUCCAAGCCCUGAAAAAAGCAGAGGUAGGGGCAAUAAUUCAGUAGAAACAAACCUACAAAAUGGCGGAGUACACAAUAGUAGUCAAGUCACACCACAAAUGCAUAGUGUUGGUAAUAAAACUACACAUAGGAAAUCUUUAGACAAAGGCGAAAAGCAAGAAGAACAACAUAAUAAACACAAUGUAUCAAGUAUAUCGCCAUCAGAUAAGAGUGACAAGAAAUUUAUACACAGUAACUGUAGUACUGUGACGCACAGUGACAUACAGCUCAUUGAAAGAAUUGGAUCUGUAAAUGAUUUCGACAUAAAUGAAGUAGAAAAAGAUAAGUCUAUUAAGGGUUGUGGACAUACUACGAUAAAGUCACAAUCUAAUGGUUCAGUGACUGCAAAAUGGAACAAUGUAAAAGAGAAUCGAGAUUCAUCGUCGACCACUAGUGUCCAACGUGAACGUAAGACUCGGCAGGUUAAAAAUGCAGGUGAUACUGCAACAGAACAAAAACAACAAGAUGAUUAUUGUCAAAGGUUACUGGUAUGUCGUAGGCUUGAAGCAGAUAUAAAACGUCUAAAAUCAGAUUUGCAAUCAAGUCGGCAGUUGGAACAAGAAUUACGGUCGCAAAUCAAUACCUUGUUAAAUGGAGAGAGACAGGCUAAAGGAGACAUUCAACAACUCCAACAUGAUAAUGAUCAGUUACAAAGCAAAUUACACGGUCUAGUAACAGCGCGUCAACUGGAUAAACAGACGAUAUCUUCGUUAGAAAAGCGAAUUGCGGAAGAGAGAAAGCAACGUACCGCAUGCGAAGCAUCUCUUGUCUCUGAACGGAGAGCACGGCGAGCUGCCGAAGAGGCACGUUCCGCGAUUCCACCCCCACCACCUCCGCUCAUCAGACAAGAAUGCACCGAUACGUGUAAGAGUCGCAGAUCUCAAAUGGAACAGGAUCUGAAAAAUCUGCGCCGCGAACUCAAAUCAAAGGAAGAAAGGUGUAAUGCAUUGGAGAAAGAUGCAGCACGUUGUAAGGAAAAUCACAGAGAGUCUGAAAUUUUACUUAGUGCGCUUAACGCGCUACAGGACAAAAACGCACAUUUAGAGAACAGCUUAAGCGCAGAGACACGUAUAAAACUUGAUCUGUUUUCGGCACUCGGCGAGGUCAAGCGACAAUUAGAGAUCCGAGAAAGCUUAAUCAGAUCUCAAGAGAAAGAAAUUGAGAUGUUGAAAACAAAAAUAGCGCAAGAUUUAGCUGUGAUGCCACAAGACACAUUUGGUCCAGCGCCAACCUGUGCGACGUCCAAGCUUCGUUUAAAUAGUGAAGUGAGAGUAGCCGGAACAAAAAUACGUUCGAACGAAAGUCCCUGUCCAGGGUGUACUGUGUCAAAUUUGGAUCCGAAUGCGACAGCGUACACGCCUAAAGGUUCCCUCGUAGCAUCGACCGAAGCUUAAAAGAACUGCAAUCUCUUAUCGCAUCAGCGCCCGAUAGUAGGAUAUAUCAACUACAAAAAAAUGUUUCAAGUUUCUCCGUGGAAACAAUUACUCAUUCAGUUCCUCUAAGUAUACAUGAAACAGAUUUAUCAAUUGGUUACUGAAUUUCUCCUUAUAUAUCCACGUUUCUUCUUUUGAAGACAAUAUUUUUAUUAAUAUAUACGAAUCUCUCUGAAUACGCGAAAAUAAUUCACCUAAAGUCUUCCAUGAGAAACUUUGCGAAACAUGUUUUGUAUCAUGUCUUGUCUCUCAGAAAGAAUGAAGCCAUUGACAUUAUGAUCACGUGAUACGACAAAUUUGCUGGAUUUUAGAACAUAAAAAUCCAAUGACGAUUUGUAACAUUUAUGCUGUAGGUUGAUUUUACGGAUAUGAUAUGAUAUAAUUGUAUGAUGCGUGAUAUAAUUCGGGCGAAUAAGAUGAAAUGAAGAUAAAAAGCAUCUGCAUACGUUAAGUAUAACGAUGUAAAGUUGAGACUAAUGCUCUGAUCAUAAUCAAUUUAGAAAUGUAAGUGGGUAUGUUCUAUAUCCUACAGAUAUUGUUUUUUUCUUUUCAAGAAUACCUCACAAUUAUAUUUAUCAUAUACUUGUAACGUAUCGAACAAUAUAAUUCUAAUAAGUAACGGAACUUUUUUUAAUUAUAUACAUGUAUAAUUAAAUUUAAUAAUCUUUACGUGAGAUGAGAAAAAUGAUAAACAUUUUGUUAACUGAAACAUGAUAAGAGAGAAAAAUAUAUCCGUAUUAUGAUCUUCCUGCAGCAUACACCUAAACGUGCGAUGACUUGUUGAAGAUGCAUUCUUAUUCAAGUCGUAACUCUGAAGCUAGUCCAUCAUACAAAUUCUAUUUAAUAUCAUUGGCGUAUUGAGCCAUUUUACGUCAUACAGUUGUCAUGUGGAAAUAACCAUUGACAUACAUGGGGAGAUACACGAGCAUUAUCAUUAUUGAACAAAAAAAAGAUCGGAUUGUCAAGACGCCAAAUUUAUUUUACAUGAUCAUGUGUCUGUACGAUGAUGAUAUUCAUAGUCGCGUAUCUCUAUACUUUUAAAUUCUCGUACUUUAGUUUAGUGUCAUCCUUUUUUAUGUAUUGGCUUUCAAACGGUACAAAAUAGUUACUAUAUUUUUCAUAAAAAUAAAAGAUAAAAAAAUGUACGGAUUUUAAUGUGAUAAAUGAUUGGUUCAUAGAGAUUCAAAAUUAAAAAUGACCGUUAAUUUGUUGUAUAGAGAGGGAUAAAAAAUACGCAGGCGUAUAAUGAUUAUUAGGAUAUGAGAUUAUGUAAUGCCAUACUUCGCGUUAAAAAUGAGUUUAAAUGCAAAAUGAUAAUUUUAUUACAUGAGUACAAAUAUUGGAGCGUAAAAUAUUAUUUUCAUGUGAUUGCUUCAUUUAAAUAAGCUACGUUUAAUUAAUCGCUCUUCAGUAAAAUUGAGUUGAUAAAAACUACUUUGUGAUUAGAUGUAAAUGUGUGGGUAAAGAUUUUUCUUUUCUGUUUCUUUUGUGACGUCCACUAAUAUUAAUUUUGAAACUAAAAGUAGGAGAGUUUUGUUUUUCUUAAUUAUUAUUCUUAAUACAUACAUGAAUAUACAAGCACGAAUAUACACUAGUGUUACAUGACUUGACAAAUUAUGAUAUCAUUAUCAAUUGGUACAUAAUGUUUAUAAAAGAUCUGUGGAAUUAUAAAAGUAUAAUAAUUUAUUAUUAUGGCGUAUUUGGGUGCAAUUCAUUUUAAACAUUCGCGAAAGUUGUAAAUUGUUAUGACCGUUGAUUACGUUACAUUAUACGUUAUCAUUUUGAUCUAGCUUUAUAUAUUUUCAUCUUAAUAAUCGAUAAAGAUUGUUAUUUAAUUAAUACGAUUGGCUCGCAGGAUGUUUGAAGAAGAGAAUUGUUAAGGCAAAGUGUGAUGGCAUUACGUGAAUGCUUGAUCGGCGUUAAUAAAUUCUGCGUUUUCUUAUUCUAUCCGCAAGAAAGCCAGUACUUGCUUCUUUACGCGUGCUCACGCGCAAACGUAAUUGUUAACUGUUUACGAAGUCAUUCUUCCAUAAUUGUACAUACGAAGCACUGUCAUGACAGUUUACUUAUGGACACUAGUAGUGGAUCAUGACCAACUAGUCAAGCGAAAGAUGUUCUAUGAGCACAAAUAUUUAUUAGGUAUCUAACAUCGUUUUUGCCUUCUAUGGAAAAUGAAAAAAGAGAAGAUACAGAACUCACAUUUUCAUCUUAUUAAGAUUUAGUACCCGGACUCGUUGGAUAAUAAACUUCUGAUGAAUCCAUGUUUCCUGGAUGAUCCACGUAAAAAAACGACGUUGUAAAAGCUCUUCUAGCUAAUGCACAAUAUAUUUAUCAUUAAAUUUUGAACUUCUCAAUCUUUGAGCAGUGCUUAGUUUUUUCUUAUACUUCCGAAAAAUUGUACGUAAAUUUCUUUAUUUGCGUUUACGCUAAUUACAUUAGAAUAACUGUAUAUCCAUAUAUGUACUAUUUUUGAUAUGUAUUAUUCAGUACAUAUUAUAAAAUAGGAACAUGAUUGUUGAUUUACAAGAGAACAAGAAGAAUCGCAAUUUCGCAUUUACAAUCGAUACAUAUUUCCGUUUUAAUUGUCAACAAUUUGAACUCUAAUGCAAAUCACAGAAUUGCACUUCGUUUUUCUUUGGCGAAUAUAUUUGUACUAAGUUUUUUGAUUUUACGUUUGCGUUUGCUUACGUUUGUUUAUACACGGAUAGCAUAAUAACAAUAUGAUAAUGAUGUGUAAAUAUUCGCUGAGAGAAAACUUUGAUACCGUCGUAACGCAUUGGUGUGAUUAUUGUAGGGCACUUGCGUGUUUGCAUAGUCAGUUUUUGCUACACGAAGUUACUUGUGUCUCGAAUAUAUCCGCACCGAUAUUUCACGAUGUAAUGAGGAUUAGAUAUUAAAACAACGAUACGUAUUUAUUUUGAAAAAUUAUGGUUCAGGCAGACACCAUUCGAUUCGUUAAAAUCUCUAUAUGUAAUAUCACGAAUAAUUGUACCUGACCAGGGUGUGUUGUAGCGUUCUUUUGUUUAUUAUUUUGUUCUGGCUAAUUUACUUAUUAUGGUUUUAAUUCCACCAAGAAGGCUGGCUUGAUGAGCAAUUAAUUAAUUAUUUAACGCGAUGAUACACGUACAUAUUGAGUUGUGAUAUAUACAUACACAAGUACAUGGAAAAUACACACACAUAGGCACAUAAUGUACAUGACACGCAUGUCACGUGUAAAUAUGCACACACAUUCGCGCUUACAUAUUUAUUUGUGUAUACUUGUACAUUGCGUGCGUACGUCAAGAAACAUAUGCAGUUAUCUACGCGUAUACACAUGCAUAUAUGUAUAAUUAUUUUAGUUAUAUAUACAAUGAUGUUCUUAUCAUAAUAAAUUAGUAAUGAUGAUAACUAAUCGAUCGUCGUAGCGGUAAGUUUCCUAUUUCCAGACGUAUUAUUCGACUUUUGCGCGAUAAAAGGAGAAAGACGUGUAUAACAAGCUUAAGUACUUAACUUUUUUUUACUUUUAUUUUGCGCUCUUUUCAAAUGCGAGAGAGAAAGAGAGAGAGGGAGAGAGGAAGAGAGAGUGAGAGAAAAGAAGUAUGCACAAAUUCAGGGUACUUUUGUAAUAUUUGCUUCCUAAAUCUUACAUACAUAUAUGUAUAUAUGUAUAUAUGUGUGUGUGUGUGUGUGUGUGUGUGUGUGUGUG